AUGGCGGUUCAUGGAAGACUGUCGGUGAUACUGGCAUUUGUACUUACGGGAAUAUCAACGCUCAUCGUAGCAUUGAGGUUCUACAGUCGCCACUUUCUCGUGGGCAAACUCAGCGCCUCGGACUGGUGUAUGUUGCUCGCGCUCAUCGCAGCAUGGGGCUCCGCCGUUGUCAACUGGUAUAUGAUCCACUUCUUAGACUACAGUGCUAAGUCUUGGCAGAAUAGAGAGACCUUUGCAGAGGUAGUCACCGGGUCACUGUUGAUGUUCUGGACCUAUCGCGUGAACUACAUCCUCGAUCUAUGCUUGAUCAAGACGUCCAUACUACUCUUCUACAGUCACAUUGCCGCCUCGAACAAACAUUUCCACUACGUCGUCCGCGCUCUGCUUACCAUCAUUCUACUAGGCGGUGCCUCCAUGAUCUUCGCCGCUAUAUUCAUGUGUUACCCGAUCGCUGACGCAUGGUCGUUCAAAGUAUUCGAGGCUGGACUCCACGGGAUCCAUGCAGCGCAAUGCUAUAACCCAGGACAUUUCUGGCUCUUCAAUGCGGCAUUCAACCUCGUCACAGAUGUGAUGAUAUGGACGCUACCGAUCCUCUUCUUCUUGAAUCUUCAGACAUUGCCGCUGAGGCGGCGCUUGGAGCUCAUCGCAAUCUUCUCAGUCGGUCUACUGGCCAUUGUCGCUUCCGCAGUCAGGCUCCGUAUUAUGGUGCUCUGGCUGUCCGACCUUGUGAAUCAAGGCAAUAAUACCGCCAACCUGUUGAUCUGGAGUCAAGUCGAGCAACACACGGGCAUAGUUGCGGCUUCGAUACCAUUUCUACGGCCCAUUUUCCGCAGAGCGUUGACAAAAGUGAGGAGCAGAGAGCAGCCCAGCCCGAGCCCGGCUGUGCGUUUGGUUGGGGAUGGAUCAACGCCCUUGAGCCCUGUGAUGCCUAGAACGCCUAUCAUUCCCUCACCUAGCCCGACGUUUGGGGAGAGCGACACGGAAUUUAGGCCACCUAGGAGCUCACUUGCGCCCAUUAAGCCAAUGCGUAGCGCAUCGACAUGGGGCUCGACCAUAUGGGACGGCACUCAGGUUCGCCAAGUGCUUUCCGGUUGA